AGGAAACUAAAACAGACUGUUUACAUCAGUGUGUGGGCCUAUGUUAUGGUUCGUUUGUGAAACGUCAACUUAUAGUUGUUUAUGUACAAUGAAUUUUAGGCGUCUGUCUCUAAGCAAUACUUAAAAUGUCUUGCUUAUCGUUGGUUUUAUUGGGUGAUAUUUUGUAAUGAUUAUUUUUAAUGAUGCUUACGCCGUAUUGACUCCACUCGCGUUGCACAAACGUGGCUAACAUGUUAGCUAGUAUUCCAGUAGCCAUGACUGACUGUUGCUAAUAACGAACUUAACAAAAUAACAACAAUCUCCAUUGUCAUUAUACAAUGGUGGUCGAAGUAGAAAGCUUCUUUGGCGUGUACAUGUUGUACUGCACCAAUCCGAAAUUCAAAGGCCGCAUCUACAUCGGCUUCACUGUCAAUCCAGAGCGGCGGAUCGGUCAGCAUAACGCAGGACGGCACAAAGGGGGAGCCAAAAGAACCAGUGGGAGAGGCCCAUGGGACAUGGUCCUCAUCAUACAUGGCUUCCCCUCUGAUAUUGCUGCCCUGAGGUUUGAGUGGGCGUGGCAGCAUCCUCACUCCUCCAGGCGCCUCUCCCACGUGUCCCGGCGAUCCAGAAAAGAGUCAAGCUUGCAGUUCCACUGGCGCGUCGUCUCCAGCAUGCUGCGGGUGGCGCCAUGGAACAGGCUGCCUCUGACCGUCCGCUGGCUCAAACAGGAGUACAAGAUGGAUUUUGAACCCAGUCUACAGCCUCCUCUCCAUAUCCCCAUUGCUUUUGGUGGAGUGAGAGCCAAGAAGACAUGUCCUCUGCAGACUGCAGGGGAGGAAACGGUGAUACCCAGGUGUUUUGUCUGUAAAGGCUUCAUCAAGACACCUGAAAAACUCAGCUGUUUUCAUUCUUCCUGUGAGAUGAGCAGUCACAUCAUCUGCCUCGCCAAACAUUUCCAGAAAUUUGAGCCAUUUCACCUUUUGCCUGUGGAAGGAGAAUGCCCAGCAUGUCAUCGCUCUUUGUUGUGGGGGAGCCUCAUUCGUCAUAAAAACGGCUGCUUUGGAGACCUGAAGGAGAUCACACCACCCUUGUCCCAAAACCACUGGGCAGAUGAUCUGCAGAUAUGAAUUCUACAAAACUUAACUUUUAUGAUUUCAAUGAUAUGCAUUGUAAGAAUUAUGUGUAAUAUGUGGAAAUUAGUGUUUUAUGUAUAAAUCUUUGUUGGAAAACCAAACUUUUAAAUAUAUAAUGUGACAAAUAAAAUAUUUUACUGCUUUAA